UUAGUACAGUCUGUACGCGAUACACAUGAUAAAUCUGAUACUAUAUAUAUGUGAACCUCCAACCUUUAGCACCGUACGUUUUGGUUUUUUGGGCGUGUGCUAAUAAAUCAGUAUGCCAUACAGCUAGCACACAAGACAAAUCUGAUAUUAAUUGACUAAAAUGAAUGAAGAAUUGCGCGUGCAUUGAUUCAUUGCCUAAAUGCGCAUCUAUAUAAGCACCAUCGUGGGUGAGCACUGCAACAAAGCGUGAAGAAAGAAAGUAAAGACGUAGGUAGCCUCUGGUUCUGUGUCAUGGCAACCCUCAGGAACACGGGCGUGCUAUGCUUGGUGGCUCUCUCGGUCAUGGUGGCUGUUCUCCCGUCGGAAGGCGAGGUGUUCUGCUUACCCCCAACCCCAGUCUACUGCGACAUGGAGCUCUGCAGGCAGAGAUGCGGAGACCGUCAGGGGCCCAUGUGCAAGGCGCUCCCUUUGGAUCAAUAUGCUUGCUGCUGCAGUGAGCUCAAAACUUGCUAUCCAGGCGGGACUCUUCCUGGAUGCACACGCGACCGGUGCAUGCGUAUGUUCUGCCCCGGCAACAUCAACGCACACUGCAACGGCAACGACUUCUGCUGCUGCCCCUUCCGAAAAUAACGGACCGGCGUCGAGAUUGUACUACAUCCAGCUCUCGCGUGGAUCGAUCCAUCGAUCUAAUUGUUGUGGAGCUUCUGAAUAAGUUUUUUUUGGCUACCGGUGUACUGUGAAAAUAUGAGAACGUUGCUUGUUUUUCA